AUGACGUGGUGGGAGAUGCUUCUGGCAUCUGGAGAAGCUUUGCAGCUCCAAAUUGUCUGCUUUAAUUUUGAAACUGUGCAAGUUACCUGGAAUGAAAGUGAAUACCCUGGGACAAACUUGACUUUCCUCUACAAAUUCAGCGGUGACGAGGUAUAUGAUCAGUGUCCCAACUACACUCUCCAGCAAGGUCACAAUGCUGGGUGCCUCCUGGAGGCAAAAGAUCAAAUUUUGUAUUUUUCCAUCAGCAACGGAACACAUCCUCUGCUCACCAGGAGCCAGUGGGUCAGUGAUUACCUGAAACCCAGCUCCCCAAAAGACGUGAAACUCUUGUGGCAUCAGGAAGCGGUCACGGUGACAUGUUCUGACCUGUCCUAUGAUGGUCUCCUCUAUGAGGUCCAGCACAGGAGCACCUUUGACCUUGAAUGGCAGUCCAAGGAGGAGAGAACCUGUAAUGUUACCAUAGAAGGCCUGGAUGCUGAGAAAUGUUACUGCUUCCGGGCCAGAGUGAAAGCAACAGAGUCCAGCUAUGGCUCGGACACACAGCCAAGCGACUGGUCGGAGGUGACUCACUGGCAGAGCGGCGAGCUGAGAGAUUCAUGCCAGGAGAACCAAGAACCUUCCAAACCAAAAUUUCCCAAAUUUAUAUUAAUUUCUAGCCUGGUCGCCCUCCUGACAGUGUCUCUUCUCUUUUCGUGUUUAUGGAAACUGUGGAGAAUGAAGAAGCGCCUCAUACCCAGAGUGCCAGACCCCAAAUUCACCUUUCCUGGGCUCUUUGAGAACCACCGAGGAAACUUUCAGGAGUGGAUUAAAGACACCCAGAACGUGGCUCAUUUCAGCAAGACAGAAGGCGCAGAACGGGAGUGUGGUUUUGAGGAACUUCUGGUGGUCCUGCCGACCAAGACCAGGCCCAGUGCAUCCCAGAUGGUGGCGCCAUUGUGCCUGCAGACAGGGGAGGAAGAGGCCUCUGGGGGGUCCCUCCUGCUCCCUCGACGGUCCCUCCAGGGCGGUGACGUGGUCUCUCUUGGGGAUUUUACAUUUGUGGUCAAUGACAAUGCAUACAUGAUUUUGUGA